AUGACCCCUUUCCCUCUGCGCCGCGCGUCCGAGCAGAUUGAGGGGCUGGGCGCGGGUUUCAUCCCGCGAGUCCUGGACUUCAGCCUGCUGGACGAGGUACUGCGCGUGCGCACGCAGGAGGCCGUGGCGGUUGCGCGGAAGCUGGCCCAGGAGGAGGGCAUCCUGUGCGGCAUCUCCUCGGGCGCAGCCGUGCACGCCGCGUACAAGGUGGCGCAGCGUCCGGAGAAUGCGGGCAAGCGCAUAGUGGUGGUGCUGCCCUCCUUUGGCGAGCGCUACCUGUCCUCCGUCCUGUACAGCCAGCUGUGGACCCAGGACGCGACGGAGGAGGACGAGAUGCCGGCCGAGUGGCGCAUGCACAACGGGCUGUACGUGGCCGAUCGCGACCCGCCCAAGCUGUGA